AUGGAGUUUCUGAGCGAGAAGUUUGCCCUCAAGAGCCCGCCGAGCAAAAACAGCGACUUCUACAUGGGCGCAGGAGGCGCCUUGGAGCACGUUAUGGAGACGCUGGACAAUGAGUCCUUUUACAGCAAAGCGUCGGCGGGCAAAUGCGUGCAGGCCUUCGGGCCGCUGCCCCGCGCUGAGCAUCACGUGCGCCUGGAGAGAGCCUCGCCCUGUCAGGACAGCGGCGUGAACUAUGGGAUCACUAAAGGCGAAGGACAGCCUCUUCAUCCCGAGCUGAACAGAGCUCUGGACAACUGUAACAGUCUCCGGAUGUCUCCCGUGAAAGGGAUGCCCGAAAAGGGAGAACUGGAUGAACUGGGAGAUAAAUGUGACAGCAACGUAUCCAGCAGCAAGAAGCGAAGACACCGAACCACCUUCACCAGCCUGCAGCUCGAGGAGCUGGAGAAGGUCUUUCAGAAAACCCAUUACCCGGAUGUAUACGUCAGAGAACAGCUUGCCCUGAGGACGGAGCUCACGGAGGCCAGAGUCCAGGUUUGGUUUCAAAAUCGAAGGGCCAAGUGGAGAAAAAGAGAACGUUAUGGCCAAAUACAACAAGCAAAAAGCCAUUUUGCUGCCACCUAUGAUAUAUCAGUUUUGCCAAGGACUGACAGCUAUCCACAGAUUCAGAACAAUUUGUGGGCAGGAAAUGCGAGUGGCGGUUCUGUGGUUACUUCAUGCAUGUUACCACGUGACACUUCCUCGUGUAUGACACCUUAUUCUCACUCGCCUCGGACAGAUUCCAGUUACACAGGGUUUUCAAACCACCAGAACCAGUUCAGCCACGUGCCCCUCAACAAUUUUUUCACUGACUCUCUUCUGACUGGGGCUACCAAUGGACAUGCAUUUGAAACAAAGCCAGAAUUUGAAAGGAGGUCUUCCAGUAUUGCAGUCCUUCGAAUGAAAGCCAAGGAGCACACUGCCAAUAUUUCAUGGGCCAUGUAA